AUGGCGCCGCCAAUAAACGAUAAGAAAGUGAAAAACAGAAGAAGGAAGAAGAGAAGAACAGAGGACUUUUCUUCUGAUUCUGACUCUGAUUCUUCCUCCUCCUCAUCGAACGAUGAGGCUCCUACUGAAGCCCAAGAAGAACCCACACAACCAGCAUCACAACCAGCUAAAAGCAUUGAUAUAAAUGACGUGGAUGUCGAUUCCGAAAAUGAAGAAGCAGAGACACAAGCUCAGAACGAGCCGCUUUCCAAGGAAGUGCUGGAUAAAGUCAAGAGCAUCAAGUUCACCUCGUUAGAGAACCAGUCCCUGGCUGAAGCACAACAGACAUUGAAUAAAGACAAACAGCAACUUGAAAACGAGUACUUGGGCCUUAUGGCAACCUCUUUCGCUAACGACAUUGACGAACUUCGAAAGAAACCAGACUUCACAGACAAGUCUGUGGUGAUGUUGGCCAAAGCGCUACAGUCAGGAAGCAACAUGUUCGACGAGGACUCGCUAGAUGCGUUGCUCAAGAAGUAG